CAGAUCAUAUCUUGCUUCGGAUGAUGUCUCCUUUCAUCUCUGCCGCUGGCUCCUUUUACGUGCUUGCAGUGAAACCCUAAAUAUUGGAUCGUCGAGGGAAAGGGAGGGGAGGCGGAAAACGAGGCGAAUAGAGGAGAGAAGGCAUCUCUCACCUCUUCACGCCCUGAGGGCAAGGGGCCGAUGCACAGAUCGGUGGCGGUGGUCAUGGCGUGGAACGUGUUCAAGUUCUGCACCGCGUUGCGGGCUCUCGGAUCCCUCAUGAUUCUUCUCGUCCUUGGCAUCGUGGGGGUCAGCUACUACGCCGUCGUCGCCGCUAAUUACGGCCCCGUACUCCUCAGUGUUGGCGGAGUCGAUUCGCUCAUGGCCCUCGCCGUCUUGGUGCCCUUCCAUGUCCUGUUGGGAUUGCUUUUGUGGAGCUAUUUCUCUGUUGUAUUCCGAGACCCUGGCAGGGUCCCAUCAAAUUGGAAGCCUCCUGCAGAUGAAGAGAUAGGAGAGACUGCUCCGUUAACCAGCUUGGAGUUCAGUAAUCAUAUUCUUAAUUUGCAACAACUAGGGCGCCUUGAAGACACUGGAAGUCAAAUGAUAAGAUACUGCAGGAAGUGCAACCAGUUGAAGCCACCUCGCUGUCAUCAUUGUUCUGUUUGUGGGAGAUGUGUACUUAAGAUGGAUCAUCACUGCAUAUGGGUCGUAAACUGUGUGGGCGCUUUAAAUUAUAAGUUUUUUCUUCUUUUUCUGUUUUACACAUUUCUUGAGACAACUCUUGUUACUCUUUCUCUCUUUCCCCAUUUUAUUGCCUUCUUUAAAGAUGUGGAGAUUCCUGGAACACCGGGAAAGCUUGCAACUACUUUUCUCGCAUUUGUGCUGAAUUUGGCUUUUGCAUUAAGUGUUCUUGGAUUUCUGAUCAUGCAUAUAACCUUGGUGGCAAGAAAUACUACGACUAUUGAGGCAUAUGAGAAAACAACUCCAAAAUGGAAGUUUGAUCUGGGCCGAAAGAAGAACUUUGAGCAGGUGUUCGGAACAAAUAAGAGGUACUGGUUCAUCCCUGCAUACUCUGAGGAGGAUUUGAGAAGAAUGCCAGCUCUACAAGGGCUUGAAUACCCCACCAAGCCACACCUCGAUGUACAGUAGUUAUAAUAUGGUGAUGUCAGGAAGAGAUAAUCGUUGGUACCUUCAUGUUCUGAGGAGAAUUUGAGAAGAAUGCCUGCGCUGUAAGGAGUCGAAUAUACUGACAGGCCAGAGCUCUCAAGUGUCGAUGUCCUGUCGGAACUACCCGAAAUAGCUGUGUACAUGCAAACCACUGGCCUUGUAGUGCUGUUCUGCAACCCUCUCUCCUGCACCUUUCACUCUUCACUUGCAACACUAAUACUGUGUGAAGGUAAGAUAACUUGAGAGAGGAAAGGUUAUUGAGAUAGGAAAAUUUUAGAAGUUGUCUAUGUUUAAUAGCAUUUAGAAAUAUGUUGUCACUGGUGAUAUUUGAUGGAGCAGAGUUACAGAGUACAAUUCAACGGUGAUGUCAUAAUAUGCAUGCAGAACUUUUCUUGGUCAUGCAGAAACCAGUUUUCAAGAUUGUAGAUGCUUAUAUUUAGAUGAUGAACCAAAGUCGAAUGCAUCAUGAAAUGGACCAAUCUUCCUCUACUUAUUUA